CACUUUCAAUCAGUCCCAACCAACGAUUUCCAUUGAAAACAGCUCAACAUGUGGCGGGUUAUUGCAUGUGUUUUUGCAGUUCUUUCACAAUGCUCCGCCGACAAUCUUAUAGUAGAACUGCCGAAUGGAAAAGUUCAGGGAGCUUCUUAUACCAGUCCAAAUGGCCAUAAUUUCUAUGCCUGGAGGCACAUUCCCUACGCCACGCCUCCUUUAGGCGAGUUGCGAUUUCUGCCCCCAGUGGCGCCGGAUGCUUGGGCGGGUGUUCUGGAUGGUACCAAGGACUCUCCAGCCUGUUUCUUUGUCGGAUCUUUUGCUGGUGAUCCAGAACCAGCCUACGGUUACAGCGAAGAUUGUUUGUACAUCAACGUUUACUCUUCAUCACCAGAGCCGGAUGAACUGUGUCCGGUGAUGUUUUGGAUAUACGGUGGAGGAUUCUAUGCUGGAUCCGCAGAUUUUGUCUUUUACGAUCCUACACCACUUUUGGAGGACGAUGUAAUAGUGGUAACGUUCAAUUAUCGACUAAAUAUUUUUGGCUUCCUCUCGACCGAAGAUGAAACCCUGCCCGGUAAUGCUGCCCUGAAAGAUCAGCUUUUGGCUUUGAAAUGGACCAGAGAAAAUAUUGCCUUCUUUGGGGGAAAUCCUCUGGAUAUAACGAUUUUUGGAGAAAGUGCUGGUGCCACUUCGGUAGGGUACCAUCUGGUCAGCGAACAGUCCAGAAAUUUAUUUACCGGCGCAAUAAUGGAGAGCGGAAGCGCAUUAUUAGACGUGCUCCAAACAGAUGGGAGAAGCAAUGCUUUAUCUAUAGCCACCCAGAUCGAUCCAUCGAUUACUUCUGCAAGCAGUUCGCGGGAAAUUUUGAAAGUCCUCCAAGAAGUAGACGCGGAGUUAUUAGUGGAUAUUUCGAAGACAGCGCAGUCCAAUUACCAUACUUUGUUCAAACCCAUCCUGGAGUAUGAGCAUGCAGACUCCUUCCUCUGCAAGCCAUUAUACGAGGAGUUAGCUGCAGGCAAUUUCACUCAAGUUCCCACAAUAAUUGGAACCAACUCCGAAGAGCAGCUGAAAGUCUAUUCAACUUUGGCUGAUCUUCAAAAGGCUGCAGAAACAUACGACUUAAACUACACCCUGCUACUACCGAAUAUCGAUUUUAAAAAUAGCGUCGAUCCUGAUGAGGCAGCUUUGCAAAUUAAGCAACAGUAUGCGGGGGAUGGAAGCUUUGAGGAAGACGUCGGUGCUCUUGUCAGGUUUUUGAGUGACAAUAAAUUGGUGAGAGGAAUAAUUAAAGAAGCAGUACUACAGUCUCAGUUUAGCCCAGUGUAUUUUUACCAAUUUUCGUUCUGGGGCACUGCAAGCAAAGAGAAUCUUGAAAUCCCCGGAUGCGGCCGAGUGGCUCAUGGCGAUGAGCUGUCCUAUCUGUUCAACGUUUCCAUUAAAACCAUCGAAACUGAGGCUGAUUUUUUAACUCGAAGAAGAUUGGUGAAACUAUGGACCAAUUUUGCCAAAACCAAAAAUCCUACUCCCAGUGAUGAUAGUGCUGAGCUCCUCCAGCAUGCCCUAUGGGAACCUUUGGACGCGGAAGAUUUGCAAUAUUUGGACAUUGGGGCAGAUUUAAAGCGGGUGGUACACUUUUGGUGUCUCAAAAUGUGGAAAGUUUGUGCAUGGGUUUUAGUGGCAGCUGUUGCACAGUGUUCAGCCCAGGAUCUUAUAGUGGAGACACAGAAUGGGAAAGUCCAAGGAACAGAGUAUUCCAGUGGCAAUGGCAUCGAUAAAUUCUACACCUGGAGGCACAUUCCGUACGCGAAACCACCUCUGCGCCAACUGAGAUUUUUGGCUCCCGAAAAACCAGAGCCUUGGACGGAUGUGCUGGAUGGAACCAAAGAUGCGCCAGCGUGCACGUUUGUAGGCUCUUUUCCAGGCGAUCCAGAACCCGCCAACGGUCAAAGCGAAGACUGUUUGUACAUAAACGUCUACUCUUCUUCACCAAUCCCGAAUGGUGAGCUUCGCCCAGUAAUGUUCUGGAUUUACGGUGGCGGAUUCUUCGCUGGCGCUGGGGAUUUUUCCUUUUACGAUCCUACACCACUUUUGGAGGACGAUGUAGUCGUGGUCACUUUCAAUUACAGGCUAAACGUGUUUGGCUUCCUAUCAACUGAAGACGAAGUUGCCCCGGGAAAUGCGGCAUUAAAAGACCAACUGAUGGCUUUGAAAUGGACUAGAGAAAAUAUCGCUUUCUUCGGCGGUAACCCUCUGGAUAUAACCAUUUUUGGAGAAAGUGCCGGCGCCAUGUCGGUGGGAUAUCACUUAGUUAGCGAACAAUCCAGAAACUUAUUUACCGGUGCCAUUUUGGAGAGUGGAGGCGCAUUGAUGGACUAUUUCCAAAGCGAUGCUAGAAACAAUGCCUUAGCUGUUGCCCGCCAGAUAGAUCCUUCAUUAACUGCAGAAAGUCGUUCGCUAGAGAUCUUGAGAAUACUGCAAGCCACAGAUGUUGAGCUAUUAAUCAGCAUUUCCGAAGAAACACAAUCAAACUACAACACCUUGUUCAAACCAGUGCUGGAAUAUGAGCAUGAAGCCGCCUUCCUCAGCAGAUCAAUGUAUGAAGAGUUGGCAGCAGGAAAUUUCACUCAAGUUCCCGUAAUAGUGGGCACGAAUUCUGAAGAAGAGCUGAUUUCAUUUUCAACUCUGGAAGCUGCUGAAGAGACUGCGGAAACCUACGAUGCCAACCUCAAACUAUUGCUGCCGAAUAGCGACUUUAGAGGAGACGUGGAUAUUGAUGAUGUAGCUUUCGAAAUUAAACAAGAGUAUGCCGGAAACAAGAGCUUUGUCGAAGAUGUCAGUGCUCUCAUCAGAUUUUUGAGCGACAGCACCUUCGUAAGAUCUAGCAUCAAACACGCAGUACUUCACUCCCAGUUUAGUCCAGUGUAUUUUUACCAGUUUUCAUUCUUUGGCACCCCCAGCAGGAACAAUCUUGAAGUGCCUGGAUGUGGCCGAGUGGCUCAUGCCCAAGAGGUGCCAUAUCUUUUCAACAUUUCCUCUAAAAUCAUCGAAACUGAGGCUGAUUAUCUGGCUAGAAGACGAUUUGUUAAAUUAUGGACCAACUUUGCCAAAACCAAAAAUCCCACCCCCAAUGAUGAAUCUGCUGAUCUGUUGCAACAUGUGACAUGGGAGCAGUUUGAUAGAGAAAGUUUAAAAUAUCUGGACUUUGGAGAUGAUUUGGUGAUGAAAUCCAAUCGCAAAGCUGACGAAACUGCCUUCUGGGACUACAUAUGGGAUUCCUACAUCGAUCAUCCGUAUAAUCAUUUUUAAUUUAUGGAAAUCGGAUUGAAAAUAUAUUUUAUUGAUUACUG